UUGCCUAUCCACAAACUGCGUCAUCCACAACGAACCGGAAAUGAGAGUACUCCUAAAGUCACUAAUCCUAACGGUUACGAUCACCAUCCAGCGAUCGUUGACUGUCGAUUCCGUUGAAUCCAACUACCAUCGAAUUCAAUACUACCAGUCCUGCAACGAUGCUCCGAACACCUCCGGAAUCUACAUGAUCACGCCUUGGAGCAAUUCGACACCCUUCCAGGCGUACUGUGAGCAGCAACUCUUCGGUGGACACUGGCUGCAGUUCCAGAAUAGGAUGGAUGGUUCAACGAAUUUCAACCGCAGCUGGAAUGACUACAAAUUUGGGUUCGGGAGCAUGCAACGGGAGUUUUGGUUGGGAUUAGACAAGUUACACCAGAUAACCCAUGACAAACCAUGCGAGCUCUUGGUGGUGAUGGCAAACUUCAGUGAGUAUCCCGUGUGGUAUCACUACACCACGUUCGGGGUGGCAAACGAGCCGAGCAACUAUGAGCUCAAAUUGCUGGGAUUUAUGGAAGGCACUGCAGGUGAAUCUUUCUACGCUUAUCGGAAGGAAAAUUUCAGCACCUAUGAUAGGGAUAAUGAUCGAUCGGGUGAGAACUGCGCAGCCGUAAUGGGAAGUGGAUAUUGGCACAUGGACUGCGGAACGGGAUCCAGGAGAAACAAUUUGAACGGAAUCUACGGUGACCGUGUGCUGGAAAAUGGAGCGGGCGUGUGGUGGGGAGGAUUUGGUGGGCCACAGAAUCCACUGAAAUGGUCGAAGAUGUUUGUGAAGGUUCGGCCGAGGAAGUAGUUCAGAACAAAACGAUGCUUUUCGAUGCCUUGAAUGAGAGCUUUGGAAUAUUUUAGUUUUUUUAUUUUAAUUCAAAUUGCUUAUACUAUUAUAUUCGCUGUUGUUGUUUUCAUUAAAGAGGCUUUCAACCGUAGUAUGAUUC